AGUUUGUGCCAAGUUCCUAGUCCGCGGUUUCCCAAAGCCUGCGGGCCCAGACCUGGGUUGCCAAAACGGUGGCCCGGCCUAUUCCAUAUAGCAACAUAACCAAACAGACCACUAAAAGAACUUUCCAAAAAAAAAAACAUAACCAAACAGUCCUUAUUCCCAACAGUCACAUGCCUGUAACUCAAGCCCAAAGUUCAAAUCCACCUCACCAAACCCUCUAAAAUUUCGCUUCCCGCCCACCCACUCUCUUCAAAACUUUUGGCCUCCCUUUGUUUAUAUAUUACACGCACCAAAAGCACAUAUCGAUAUAGCAAAACCUACAUUAUCCUCAUCCCUCCAACACCCUCUCUACCCUUCGAUCCUCAACUCUCCGGUCACUGCAAAUGCCGAUGACACGAAAGGCCUCGUCGAGCUCGAAAAGAUCAAAGGCGGAGACUGUACAGAUUGAAGAAGUGGUUUUGAUCGAAACUCCUCCAAGAUCGGCUCCUUCAAGCAAGUCGAAGAGAAGGCCGGAGAAAAACGAGAGCUCGAGGAAGUCGAAAAGAUCAAAGACUUCAGAGACGUCAGAGAUUGAGGAAGUUGUUUUGAUCGAAAGCCCUCCAAGAUCCACUUCUUCAAAGAGAGUUGUUGAUGAAAACGAGAAGAAAAGUGUCGAUGAAGAUGAAAGUAGGUUUAUCGGCGAACCAGUGCCGGAAGACGAAGCUCGGCAGAGGUGGCCUCAUCGCUAUGCCGGAAUGAAGAAAGAAAAAGGGAUUGCCGGAUCUAAAAGCUCCAAAGGGAAGGAUGAUUUAGAGGAGAUUAUUAAAGCUAAACAUCACUUCACACAGGCUGAGAUUGAUGGUCGUAUAAUUUUCAACUUAGAAGACGAUGCUUACGUGAAAGCUGAAGUGGGCGAAGACAAUUAUAUUGGUAGGAUUGUAGAAAUGUUUGAGGCAGUGGAUGGCUUGCUAUAUUUCACAGCUCAAUGGUUUUACAGGGCGAAGGAUACGGUCAUUAGAAACCACUAUAGCCUUAUUGACGACAAGCGUGUGUUCUUGUCUGAAGUCAAGGAUGACAACCCCCUGGAUUGCCUUGUUGAGAGGCUUAAAAUUCUCAUGCUGCCCUUAAGUAUGGAUUUGGCUUCCAGGGAAUCAGCAAUUUCAAAAUGUGACUUUUACUAUGACAUGAUGUACUUGUUGCCAAAUUUUUCUUUUGUGAAUUUACCAGCAGCAGAGAAUAUAGGAGUUGGCAGUGAAUCAGAUUCAACAAUCUCUAGUGAGGCUAAUUCAGCUGGAGCAGUAGGUGGAGUUAAGUUUGAAUGUGAGGAGGUUUCCCAAGUUCAAGGGAUAAAAAAUUCAGAGACAACACUAUUAGAUCUAUACUCAGGUUGUGGAGCAAUGUCUACAGGACUUUGUCUUGGCGCUAAUAUGGCUGGUGUCAAUUUAGUUACUAAAUGGGCAGUUGACUUGAAUGAACAUGCCUGUCAUAGCCUGAAACUUAAUCACCCUGAGACCGAGGUGAGAACGGAAUCAGCUGAAGACUUUCUCACUCUUUUGAAAGAGUGGCAGAAGCUUUGCAUUUCAUUUUCCUUGAUAGGGAGUAAAGAUUCACAGGAACAUGUGGAUAUUAUAAGCGGGCUGGAUGAUGAUAGCGACAACGAUGAAGAUGUAGAUAUUGAUGAUGGAGAAGAUGGUUUGGAAGUAUUUGAAGUAGAUAAGGUUUUAGCAAUCUGUUUUGGAGAUCCAAAAGAAAUUAAGAAGCCAGGAUUGCAUCUUAAGAUUCGUUGGAAGGGUUAUGGUCCGGAUGAAGACUCAUGGGAGCCUAUGGAAGGUUUAGGUGAUUGUCAGCAGAAGAUAAAGGAAUUUGUGGAAAAUGGUUAUAAAUCAAAGAUUUUACCUUUGCCUGGCAAUGUUGAUGUUGUAUGUGGGGGUCCCCCAUGUCAAGGGAUAAGUGGUUUUAAUCGGUUUAGAAAUAAAGAGAAUCCCUUAGAGGAUCUAAAAAAUAAACAACUAGUUGUUUUUAUGGAUAUAGUUAACUUUUUAAGGCCAAGAUAUGUGUUAAUGGAAAAUGUGGUAGACAUUGUUAAGUUUGCGGGUGGAUUUCUUGGAAGAUAUGCUUUGGGCCGGCUUGUUGGGAUGAAUUAUCAGUCACGGGUGGGUUUGAUGGCGGCAGGGGCGUUUGGACUUCCGCAAUUUCGUAUGCGUGUGUUCAUAUGGGGUGCUGGUCCAACAGAGAAAUUGCCUCAAUAUCCGUUACCAACACAUAAUCUUGUAGUGAGGGGUAAUAUUCCUGUCGAAUUUGAGUCAUGCACAGUUGCUUAUGAAGAAGGAUGCAAAGUUGAACUUGAAAAGGAAUUACUACUUUGGGAUGCAAUAUCUGACCUCCCUCCUGUUGAAAAUGAUGAGGCACGUGAUGAAAUGUCUUAUGGGGGUGAGCCUGAGACUGAAUUUCAGCGAUUUAUUAGAUUAAGCAAGGAUGGGGAAGAACUUCAAAAGCAUGCCUUGUUUGAUCAUCGUCCUCUUCAAUUAAACGAGGAUGACUAUCAACGUGUUUGUCAAAUUCCAAUGAAAAAGGGUGCAAACUUCAGGGAUUUGAGAGGUGUUAGGGUUGGUGAUCAUAACAAAGUUGAAUUGGAUCCAAAUUUUGAAAGGGUGUACUUGCCUUCGGGAAAGCCUUUAGUUCCUGAUUAUGCAUUGACUUUUGUGAGAGGGAUUUCAACAAAACCAUUUGGACGGUUAUGGUGGGACGAGACUGUGCCAACGGUUGUUACAAGAGCUGAGCCCCACAAUCAGACGAUUUUGCAUCCUUCACAAAGUAGAGUCCUUACCAUUCGUGAAAAUGCUAGACUACAAGGUUUUCCUGAUUACUAUAAGCUUCUUGGCCCAAUCAAAGAAAGAUACAUUCAAGUUGGAAAUGCAGUUGCUGUUCCUGUUGCUCGAGCUUUGGGCUAUGCCUUGGCUUUGGCCUUUCAAGGUUCAAGUGGUGAAGAACCUUUGUUUAGUUUGCCUAAGAAAUUCCCUGUCUUAAAAGAGUAUGAUGAUUACGUUGUUCGAGGGACCGGUACCAGAAACCAAACAAGAGAUGGAAUGUAAGAUGCGCCCUACUCAAAGAGACUGAACACUGAUCAUCAGGCAUUCCAUCCUUGCACUGUUGUUUGGGAAUUCAUAUCGGUCAAGUUGCAUUGUUGAAAUGGACCUUUGGCCCCUCUUUGAUUCAUUCAAGUCCGACGCUAUUGGUACUCCCAGCCUGAAAGCCAAACCCAAUAUUCGCCCCCUUUCUCCUCGGUCCACAAGAGACAAUGUAGGACUGGUGCCAACAGUUCAUCACGGAAGAAACAUGCAAUGAUACACUUAUCGCCCAUUUAUCAUAUAUAAUUUAUUUUUAUUUUAUUUCUCUAUUCUAUUUGGAUAGUGUACUCAUAGUUCCACUAUUGAUUAAAUAUUUGAUUGUUAAUUUUCUCCUA